CUCAAUCAUGAAAGAGAGAUGAGAAAGACAGAAAAAGAGUGAGAGAGAGAAGCAGUACUUUCAGAAUAAGCGGUUCACUGUGUCUCUCUGACUUCGAUGCAUGCAAGAGGCCGAACAAGAUGAUGCAAAAAUUCUUCUGAUUUUUUAAACUAAUUUUUCAGAAUGUGAUGAUGCUGGAAGGAAGUGCUGAUUUCAUCCUUUGAAGAGGAAUGAGGUGGUAAAUUCUCGGAAGUAUUUUGAUAUCAUGGCCGAUUCUUCUUCCAAUUUCUCUUUAUCUUCUGAAACAAUAAGCCCGAGACAAAUAUGCUCCUCAAUUUUUCACACUUCUGGUUCAAGCAUGGGAGUUGGUGUGAAAAAUUUACCGGAGUUUGAAUCCGUCUGGAGUCCUACUUCUCCUCUCGAUUGCAGACUCUUCUCGAAUCUUGGUAAUGUUUUCGGUGUUAAGUCUUCUAGGAAAGUUGAGCAUAAGAAGCCGUUAGAUGGAAGUAAAGUAGGCCUUGGCAUCAUAACUUCUCUGGUUAACGAAACCAUAUCUAGUGACGAGAUCCUUGGUGAAUUUCAGAGGAAAAAUAUAAUUUUCGGAUCACAGGUGAAGAAUGGCAUGCGUCAAUUCUCAAACAAAAACCUUUCUCUUGCGUCUGGUUUGAAAACCAAUUCCUUGCCCAAAAACUAUGUAAUUUCACUUCCUUCUGAAACCAAAAGUCCCUUAUCGGAAGUUGAAAGAUUUGACGACGGUGUCAAUCGGGAAUCUUUGCCUGAUUCCUCCAAACCUUCUUCGUUGAUCAACUCAACUCAAAACUCUAAUUCGGGAACCAAUGAUUUGUUUGUAGAAGUUAAGUCUACAACAUCGAGCUUUGCUCCGGUUAUGAACAGAAGCUCACAGAUAGAUGAUUCUUUAAAAAUCAAAUCAUGUCCACUUCCGAUAUAUGUAGGCUCACUCUCUGCAAAAGAGAUAGAGCUUUCGGAGGAUUAUACUUGUAUAAUCUCUCAUGGUCCAAAUCCUAAGCGAACACAUAUAUUCGGUGACUGCAUUUUGGAGUGUGACAACAAUGACUUUACCGAGUUCAGCAAGAAAGAAGAACCGGCUUUCAAAUCUUCUCAAGAAUCAGCGCCUCAUCGUUUUGACAGUGUUACGAGCUUUUGUUACUCGUGUAGUAAGAAAUUAGACGAGGAGGAAGUCAUUUACGCAUAUAGUGCGGAGAAAGCAUUUUGCAGUUUUAAGUGUCGAUCGGAGGAGAUUUUCGCAGAAGAUGAAAUGGAGAAAACUUGCAAUAACUCAGAAGAGCACUCUCCUAACUCAAGUUACCAUGACGAUAUCUUCCUCAUGGCUCUGCAAGUUUCCAAAUAAUAUGCUUUUUUUAUGAAACUAUUGUGAAGGUAAAAGGCGUAGACAAUCGGCUAUGUGGAUUUGUUUUUGCUUUUGGAUUUUGGUUAUUGCUGUGCAGAAUAUGCUAUGUGUUAGUUAUCAAGAACCGAAUUUCAUGGUUUUGUAGUUAGGAAAAAAAAGAGUUUCUCCAUUAUGAUAACUCAGAACAGCUAUGUGCAUUGUAAUGUUUGAUGGAUGAGCUGAAAGUGGCUACUGGGCCCUCUCUCAUCUAUAUUUUAUUGUCUAUCAUUGUUUUUUGAUUCUA